AGCCGUCAAUGCUUGAAAUCACUGCUGUCUGAUUUAUGUGGUGAAUGAUGGAGUCAUGAGGCACAUUUUGCUAAAAAGGAAGGAUAAAGGUUAUGAUUUUCUGUCUUCUUCUUAACCUAAUGGGUUCCUUCUCGCUGGAUCACAAAAGAGGAAACGCUCUGCAGUGGAUGAUAAAGUUAUGAUUAAAAAAAAUAAAAAAACGCUAACAUGCGGUAUUUGCGAGGAGAGCUGUAGCUGUGGCGAUUUCGUUUUGAAAGCCUGCAGAUCUUUUGAAGCUGUCGUUUUUUUUCGGGGGAGUGGUGAUGUAUCACCAGUGACUUUGACCAGAAGUCUUGUAAUUGUGAGGAAAUAAUUCUUGGCAUUUUGUGUAAUGGAGGGGGAGAAAAGGAAUGGAUAUGUCUCUCUGUCUUAAAUCAAUAGCACAAAGGACCUGAUGUGCCUUGUGUCAAUACUUAUAAUACAAGAAAGCCUCUUUUUCUUCACAGGGAGAAACUACAAGGAUUUAAAGGAACACUGGAAAAUAUCGUUGCCAUUAGCAGAUCAGGUUGAAACAAAUGUCAUUCAACAUGUUCAAAAUGAUAAACAGUUUUUGGAAACCUAUAAUGGUGUUGUGCCUUCUUCAGAAGAUUUCUUGCAUGCACAUCGAACGUGCUUUCACAAAUGACCAGUUAGUUCCAUCAUUUGAAAAACCAGUGAUCAACACAAAAAAUGGACAAAUUAUUCUGGGAGCUAAGAACCGCGUGUAUAAACUGUCGCCAGAGCUUAAACUGCUGCAACAGGUGAACAUCGGCCCCAGGGUACCUGCCGGUCAGCAAAGCUCGGUUAAUGUGUUUGUGAAGGGGUUAGUGUUGGACGAAGAGUACGGAAGCCUCAUUAUCUGUUCCACCAUUCCGCCGGGUUCCUGCCAGAUUGUGUCUUUUGACAACUUAGAUGAAGUGAAGAGACCAUUCAACGGUUCUGUGGUGUCUAAUGACCCAACGUCACCCAAUGUGUUAUUCCUUGGUGAAGGAGCGGAUGGGAAUAAAGUGUUGUUUGUAGGUAGUUGGUAUGGGGUCCAAUAUGGCCCUCAGGCUACUGAGUAUCUUACCCGCGCAGUUCCCCUGGUGAGUAGUAGAAAUCCGCUUACACUGGAGUUACUGACCACUUCUUCUGGUGUCCAAUCAUCUGUGUUCACGAAGGAGAGCGAUGAGACCGAACCUCAUCUGAAGUUUAUCUAUGGAUUUUCUUACGGAAAUUUUGUCUACUUCAUCUCGAGAUACAAAUUAAAAGAAUCUCGAAUCAUCCGUCUGUGUAAGUCGAAUCUCAGUAUUGACACGUACGUUGAUGUACCAGUGGUGUGUGACCGGAGCGAUCACUCUGUCGUGCAGGACGCUGAAUUUGAGGAGAGCAGUGGGAUUUUAUAUAUAGUGUUCAGAAAACUGCAGGGAGAAGAGACACGUCUAGGACUCGUCUCCAGUGUGGUCUGCCAGUAUAAAAUGUCCGAGGUCGAGAGACAGUUUAAUCGGGUCGUAGAUGACUGCCACAAAGGUCAAGGCCAGUUGGGACCAUACUACAUCCAUGAACAAGUUCAAUGCCCCACGGUGGCUGGAAAGAUAGUGGACCCCUACUGCUCUAAGGCACCUGAUGGCUUUGCAUCCAUUGAGGGACUGCAGCCGAUUAUGAGUCUGAACAUCAUAAAACUGGACAAUGUCUACCUGUACUCUAUUACUGUCAUUCCCCAGAAUUCAUCCACCAUUAUCAUCGCCAAUUCUGGGGAUGGCUUCCUGCGAAAAUACAUCAAGUCUGGAUCGAGCAUUAAGGAAGUGGAUAAACUACACAUUGACAACAUGGUAGAGGGUAUUGGGAUGUCGGUCAGUCUCGACAAAAAGUCCGUCUACGUGGUCACCAGUGACAUGGUACUGAAGGUGAAGAUAUCUCACUGUGAGCACAGAACAACUUGCCAGGAAUGCGUUUCGACCUUUGACCCAGUCUGUGGUUGGUGCAACACAAAUAACAGAUGCGAAGAGAAGAAAAACUGCCCAGACUCUUUGAUCACUCCAUCAUGGCUGUCGUCAGCGAAACAGGAGAGCUGUGCAAAGAUGUCAAACCUACAGCCCUCCAUCCUUAAUUACGAAAACAUCAGCAGAAAUCAGGACCAGCACAAGAUCAGCUUUCAGCUAACUGAUGCCACACUCUCGGGUGGAAAGAGCGAUCUCCAGUGUGCAUUCACUGCUCUGUCAGUCACAGCUCACACUGCAGCCUCAUUGGACAACGAUGUGAUUACAUGUCUGUUGCCAAGCAACAGGUCUCUGGGGUUAAAACCCAAGGGUAAGGAUCACCAUAACCUUGAGGUGGAGUUCCAUGUUGAAGGCAGCGCCCUAGUCAAACGAAGUGUUCCUGUGUUUGACUGCACAGUACACAGAACAUGUACAGACUGCAGCAAAAGUUCUUUCAAUUGUACCUGGCACUACCAAACACAUUCCUGUUCAGCUUUGUCAUUUGUGUCCCUGAGACCAUCUGCGCAGGACCCCAGCACCACGAGCUUUGAUAACUGUCCACGUGUGGAGAUCCCUGCCUCCCAGAAUGCAGACAUCAUUGUUCACUCUGGGGAUUCCCCUCAGCUGGUGGUGAAACUUGUCAACAUGAAGGCAGACCAGACCAACGAAAUGUGGUGUAGGUUUAGAUAUUUAGGGAAGGAGGUAACUGUCCCGGGAAAGGAGGAGGCGGGCAGUCUCACGUGUCAAAAGGCCAAGUUUGAGUAUAGCCAAGAAACAUCGAAUGUGGACGCCACUUUUGAAGUUCUGUGGGGAUCGAAGAAAUAUCCACUGGACAUGCCCAGAAACACCACAGUUCAGAUAUUUAAGUGUAAGUACAUGGUGACAAAUUGUGGACUGUGCUUGACGAUGGACACCAAGUACAACUGUGGAUGGUGUAGUCCAACCAAUCAGUGCAGCCGACAGAAAGAGUGUCAGGAGAAGUGGCUGGACCGAGAUGACACUUGUCCCAAUCCAAAAAUACUCCGAUUUGAGCCGUCUAAGGGACCAGUACAUGGAAGGACAAACAUCACAGUGAGCGGGAUUAACCUUGGGAAAGCUUAUGUGGACAUCAAGGGCGGGGUCAAGGUUGCUGGUGUGAACUGUAUGGUACAUCCUGGUCACUUUGAAUCCUCACAAGGGUUUAAAUGCCUGACGGAGAAAGUGGAUGCUCCGCUGAAUGGGACGAUCACUGUGGAAGUGGAUAAUCUAUAUAACACCACGUCAGACAGCAUUUUUAGUUUUGUGAUUCCUAAAGUGAUUGGUAUGGGCCCGAAGAAAGGUCCUCAAUCUGGGGGGACCACAGUGAAGAUUUUUGGAGGAAACAUGAAUAUUGGAACUUUGACAACUGUGGAUAUAUCUGGGAGUCCUUGUAUAGUCACAAAGGUGACGAGAGAUGAGAUUAUGUGUAUGACUUCAAAAUCUGUGAAUGGUUUUGGAGAAAAGGAGGUCGAGGUCGACUUUGGAGGCUACAAACGACUGCUUACAGACAAGUUCAUAUACAAACAGGACCCAGUAAUCACUUAUAUAUCUCGUUAUAACAGCACCGCCAGUGGUGGGAUGCUGAUACAGGUCUGCGGGAAGCGAUUAGACCUCAUACAAAGGAGACAGAUUUUUCUGGAGGGACAUGAAGAGUUAGCUGUGAACUGUGAAAAAAAGUUAUCUAAGCUUAAAUGUCUGAAGUGUCCUACACCCCCGCUCACCCUGUCUCACGGGGAGAGGAUUUCAGUAGACCAGCCACGACUGGCCCACUAUGGUCUGUUGCUGGACAAUGUACAGAAGUGGAAGAAUGUAUCCCGCCAUACACAAUUCAACCCGUUCUAUUACUAUCCUGAUCCCGUGUUAGAGAAACUACCCGACAAAAUCAGUUACAAGGACAUAAAGUCUCUUGUUAUCAAGGGGUCGUCCUUUUCUGUGAUAUAUCCUCAUCACGACCUGAAGGUCCUGGUGGGCACUGACUACUGUAACAACAUCUUGCUGUCUCCUGAUAACAUCACCUGUACACCACCCGAGGAACCCGAGGGCAUGAGGCACGGGAGAGCCCGGGUCACUGUAGAAUUUGGAAAUUUUCGUGAAGAUGUUGGAUACUUGACCUAUACAGAGGAAGAAAUCUCAAGUUCUCCAGAUAAACCGAUUGCGAUGGGGAUCAUUUUGGGGGUUGUGAUUCCAAUGAUUGCGAUCAUCGCUCUUCUGGCAAUUUGUAUCAUUCGACGACAAAGGAAAAACAAGCCACCAGAUGGCGCUAUACCAGAACUCCUGAAGGAUAAUGAACAAGAUGAGGAGAAAAAGAUCAAGAUGAACAAUUUGUUUGUUAAAGCUGACAUGAAUGGACAAAUUGCUAACGGAGAUUCUGGUCCAUACAUCAAUGAGUUGCUGAGUCGCAUAGAAGAUGAGGCCCUACAGCAGAACAUCAGUGAUUUUCUCAUCUACCGAAGUAAACUAAAUGUUGGAGACCUCAUAGGAAAAGGUAACUAUGGCAGCACAUCUCAGGGACUGUAUAAAAAUUCUAAAGGAGCCGAUUCAGAGGAACAGAGCGACACAGUAGCUAUCAAAACACUACAAGGAUGUUCCACAGACAACGAAACUAUUGAUGGUUUCUUAAAACUGUGUGCUGUGUUAAAAGAUCUACAACACCCGAACAUUCUGACGGUGUGUGGGGUUUGUUUAUCUGUCUCCGAGCCUCCAAUGAUAAUUCUACCCAACCUUCAGAGGGGAGAUCUCAAAAACUACAUCAAAGACUCGUCCAAGAAUGUGGCACUAGUAGAGUUAUUAGAGAUUGCACAACAAGUUAGUGAGGCCAUGUCAUAUCUAGAAGGAAUCCGGGUCAUCCAUGGCAAUCUAGCAGCCAGGAAUUGUCUAGUGACAGACGAUAAAGUGGUGAAGUUAUCGGACUAUUCCAUUGCGUCGCUGUACUCGGGGGAUUUCUAUCUGUCUAACGACAACAUCUCCAUCACAAAGUGGUGGGCACCAGAAAUAUUAAACAUUGAGAAGGGGACUACUCCAGGCUUCAACCAUAAAACAGAUUGUUGGUCUUAUGGAAUUGUUUUGUGGGAACUAAUGACAAGGGGAGUAACUCCAUAUCCAGAUGUGGAGACAGAAAAUCUUCUGAAAUAUUUGACAGGAGGGCAUCGACUAAAGAAACCUAGACAGUCCCCAGAAGCCAUCUACCUGUUGAUGCUGAAGUGCUGGACGGAUGUCCCCUCGGACCGGCCUACAUUCCAGGAAAUCAGCGAGGAAAUCAAACAGUUCACAACAGCGGAGGAAUCUAACGACGUCUCACAACCCUUACAGACCAAAGUAGAUCUCGGGGAGUCCCAGGAGUACUUAGGGGUGAUGGGCUGAAGAGAAAGGGCUGAAGGGAUCCGAGGGUUUCUGUUGUGAUUAUGGUGUUCUGUUUGACGAGGAGACAAUCAGUGUCGAAGCAGGCAUGAAUGAAAUGAGAAAGAAUAGGAGGAGAUUAAAGGGCAUCCCAAAGUCGAGCGGAGGAAAAAGUCUCCUUCUGUUUGUUUUGGAAAGCUGUAUUGUGGCUAGCUUACCUUGAAAUUUUUCUAAUGAUUGUGAAAAUAUUGUCUUUACACUGCCUUGCUUUCUCAGAAAAUUACCAUAAUUUAAUUUAGUAAAAAUGACAAAUUUAUUUCACAAAUCACAGCCAGAAUCAAAAAUUUUUACUCUUAUUUUCUUCUUUUUUUUUUAGGGGGGGGGGAUGUAUUUUGAUAUUAAAAAUAAUUCUCAAAAUUGAAUUAUUCAAGAUAAUACUUAACAUAAAGUGAUUUCCAUCUCAUAAUAUCUUUACAAUAUUAAGGGACCAUCUGCUUCAACUCUUUGAAAUCAUAUUGACAAGAUAAUUUUUCACUAGUUCAUCAAAAUCCCACAGUCAUGCAUUAUGUUGGAGUCGAUUACAAGCUUCCUGUGCCAAAUAUGUUGUAGAACAGUUGUCCAGUUUAAGAAUCAGCAAGUUGUGGAAUAUACCUUUAUUUUUUACUCAUUAUAUGUGCAAUUUAUUAUUGAAUAUACAAAUAUGAUGUGCUAGUUACGCUUACAACUGAAUCCCAUUGUUUGGUGCAUAUCAGCUUUUUGUAGUCCUCAUUAUUUAUUGUACUUUUACACAUUGCUCGAUUAUAUGUGCCAUAGUUUUAAUGGUAUGCAAAACAUCUGUCUAUUGAAUUGUAUAUAUUGACAUGUACACAUAUUUGUUUUGAGUAAUUCGUUUAUCAUGCAUGGUUUGGAAAUUGAUGUUAAAUUUUUUUAUGUAUGUCUUUUAAAUACAUGAAACAAAACACUUUUUUUUGUGGAGGGUGGGAUGGGGUGGGGUGUUAAUACAAGAUUGGUUAUUUUUCAUCAUCUUGUAGCAAAGUAUAUUUAAUCAAAGGUUCUGUAUCCAAGUUUUGAAAGUGUUCCCUCCUUUUUGGCCUCACAUCAAACAUCACAUCUGAGUUACAUUGUAGAUCUGGGGUUUUUUUUAAAGACUGAAUAAACCACUUGUAGAAGAUAUAUAUUUAUUCAUGUACAUUAUUUUUAUCACAUCACAUACUCUUCCUUUUAUAUUUUAUUUAGAUUUCAUAUUCUCAUUGUUCUUUAAUCUUUGGAGAAUUUUUUCUCUAAUAUCCUCGAUUCACAUUUGAUAUUCUAUGUCUCAAUUGUAUGCUUUUCCGAAGGAAAGUAUUAAAAAGCCUUUUAUAGAUAUUGAAAUUUUACGCAGGAACAUUGAACUUUGUUUCCAUUUAUGGUAAAGAACUUUGACAAAAUGUUUCAUUUUUGAAAGGAUAUUGAAAUGUAAACCGUAAGACUACUGUAUAAUCUCAGCAUAGCUCUGCUUUUGUACAUGCCGAUGCUUAUAAAGCGUUGAUGCAUUUUAUGUCGUUGCUUAUUAUUUGUAUGUAUACAUUAUUAAAAUAAAGGUAAUUUUUGUC